UUCCGAAGACGAAAUCUGCCAAAUAAUGUCUCAAAAUGCUGCCGAUAGUUUGCCCACGUGGCGGGUAUGGGGUGAAGAAAAGGAUACCGACAUCAUUUAUACAGUAUACCUGAAAAAGGUGUGCUACCAUCGACCUACACCCUCAGCAGCCAAUCCCGAUUCCGAAGAUGACAUCUCCUAUCUGGAAUGGGAAAUGGUCAGAGUUCGUUUUGUUAAGGCGGCCACCUUGGAACGCCUUGUCGAAGCUCUGGCCACCGAUGAUGGUGAAUUGGAAUCGACCUUCAUCAACGUUUUUCUCAAUACCUAUCGUACCUUUUCAACGCCCAAAGAAGUUCUUGGUCUAUUCAUAAAACGUUUCAAUGCGCUAACGGAAAAGCAACGUAUCGAAGACAUCAAACAUAAAGAUGAUGUCGAUUACGAUCCCAGCGCCACGAUACAUGAACAGCACAAAAAAACUCUAGUCUCGGUGUGGAAAAUGUGGCUGAACGGAUUUCCCGAAGAUUGGAAUGAAGAGAAUCUCCGAUAUUUAAUAUCCUUCACAAGUAAACAUUUACCCAAUUCUGAUCUGCAUUCACGAGCCCUCAAUCAAUUGGAAAUGAUAUUACGCCAGCAAGUGUACAGUAAAAAAAGUCUGCCACCAUGGUUGGGUGAUCAAUUUGCCGAUUUAUAUUUGGCUCCUGAGUUUCAGAGGCGUGCCUGCUUCCUAGAGACCUAUCGUUUUCCGCGCAUCGAUGUGCGGCAUUUUGCCGAACAGCUGACGCGUAUGGAUUGUGAUUUGUUUAAGAAGGUGAUAUCACAUCAGUGUUUGGGCGCCACGUGGUCGCGACGAUCGCAGGGUUGCUGUGAAACGGUGGUGGCGACAGUAACACAAUUCAACGAGGUCUUAUAUCGAGUCAUAACAAGUAUACUGAUAGAGAGAGCUUUGGAACCACAGGAAAGAGCGGUGUAUAUAGCAGUAUGGAUAGAUAUAGCUCAAGAACUGAGGUUACUUAAGAAUUUUUCUUCCCUAAAAGCCAUUGUCACAGGUCUGAAUUCAUCGGCUAUUUAUCGUUUAAGUAAAAUCUGGAGUGUAUUGCCAAAGGAAAAGUUGGAAAUCUUCCAAGAAUUAGCCAGAAUUUGUUCGGAGGAUAAUAAUGCCUCAGUUCAAAGAGAGUUGCUAAUACGGGAGGGUACAGCGAAAUUUGCCGAAACUGUGGGAGAAAACGAUCGUCACAUGCAGAAGAUAAUACAGAAACAGAGUACCCACACGUCACACGGUACAAUACCCUAUUUGGGGACGUUCCUUACCGAUUUGACAAUGAUACAUCAAGCCAACCCCGAUACCGUGGGUGAAGAUAAUCUCAUCAAUUUCGAAAAGAAACGUAAAGAAUUUGAAGUGCUGGCCAAGAUAAAACUUCUACAAGGAGCAGCUAAUACCUAUAAUUUAGAAGAAGAUCCGCUAUUCAAUCGUUGGUUUUAUUCAAUGCCUGUACUGACAGAGGAGGAUGCCCACACAUUAUCCUAUCAGUUGGAACCACCACCACCAACGGCACCACGAAAAAGUAACACCUCCUCAAAUAUGUCUUCGGCAAAUUCCUCAAUAUUGGGUCAUCGGAAAACCGAUUCGAUUGCUUCGAACUCCAGCAGCGGGGCGGGAUCACAAUUCUAUUGUGAAAUUAGUUCACACAAUAGUUCAAGGCACAAUUCCCUGGAUCGAGAGGCUCACAAUAAUCAUAUGUCGGCGACAAGUAGUGUGUCGAAUUUAUCUUUGGACUCCAGUAAUUCGGGAGGGGGUUUGAAUAAGUCAAAAAUGAUUCAUUCACAAAGUUCAAAUGGUCUACUGAGAAGUAGCCAUGGUUCGACAAGUGGAUCACACACGCCAACUCAUGUUGGAUCGCCCUUGAUUAAUGCCCAAGUCGUUAAUUCACCGGGAGCCAAUGCCGAUUUUUAUAUUGUAAAAAUUACCCUCGAAACGGAAACAAUGCCUCAGGAUGGUAUUGUGGUGUACAAAAGUAUGAUGGUGAAAAAUAAUGAACGCACCCCGCAAGUGAUACGCAAUGCUCUAAUGAAAUUGGGUAUUGAAGAUGAAGCCGAUAAUUAUACGUUGGCCCAACGACUGCCCGAUAAAGAUGUUGAUUUGCCCCGCAAUGCCAAUGUGUUUUAUGCCGUGGUGGUAAAUAAGAAUUUCGAAUUACGGUUUAUUUUGAAACCAAAUCCGGAGCGUAUGACAAAUGGUGGUGGAGUAGGUGGUGGUAUUCAUGGUAGCCACGGUGGCAGUCGUAGUAGUCGCAGCAGCAAUAGCUAGUGGUUAACUAAGACCCUGUAAAAAUAUGGGGUCUUGAAAUAUUGC